AUGUCAAGAAUUAUUUAUUCAGACGAAAAAAAAAACAAAGGGAAAUAUAUUUAUGCAAAUGGGAAUGUAUAUGAGGGUGAAUUUAAAAAUGAAAAAUUUCAUGGGGAAGGUAUGUUAAUUUUUAAGGAUCAAGGAAAAUAUAAGGGCAAGUGGGAGAAUGGGAAGUUUGUUGAUGGUAAAUAUUAUUUCAGUGAUGGAUUACAAUAUGAAGAUAAUUGGACUUAUUUAAUUGACAGUCCUUAUUUUUAUAAUGAAAAAAUUAAUAACAAUGAAGUUAUUUAUACAGAAGAAAAAAAAAAUUCAUAUUUGGAUGAUAUUUACGAUAUUGGGGAUGGGUACUGUGACAUUGAUAAACAAAUUGUUUAUGACUUUAAGGAUAACAAAGAAAUUAGAAAAAUCAAUGAGAGAGAAAAAAAUUGGAUAAAAAAUCAUUGUUCAAAGUAUUAA